UAAUGGCAAUAAUAGCAUCACACUUCUCAGUUUCCUCAUUCUUCAAACAAAGCCUUUUAAGCAACUUUCUCAUAUUAUCUUGCUAUCUUGCGCACUCCUCACCUCGGCGAUGGGCGUAUUACGCCGCCGCCACUGCCACCAGCAACGCCGGCGGCGGCUCUCCUUUGCUACGGUCACUGCUUUAGCUUUUCUCUUGUUCGCGUCUGCCUCGGCAAUUAGUGAGCUCAACCCAACUCAGCAACUCGGUGUUGGAGUACUGAAAGUGGAGGCGAAAAGGGCAAGUGGGUGGGAGAGUUUUGGGGGAGUUUUGACUCAGAGGCGACUCAGGGGGCCUGGAUCGUCACCACCCACGUGUAGAUCCAAGUGUGGGAUUUGCUCGCCGUGUAAACCGGUUCACGUGCCGAUUCAACCCGGUUUGAGCAUGCCACUUGAGUACUACCCAGAAGCUUGGCGUUGCAAGUGUGGCAACAAGCUCUUCAUGCCUUGAAGAACUCAAAAAACACACACACACAUAUAAUAUCAUCUUUAGGUUAGUGUUUGUUUGCAUUGCUUUUAACUUUGUUUAUAUUCAUCAUUUGCUUUCAUCAUGUUAAAGCCAAAUCCCCAUCUCUCUCUCCCCCCCUCCCUCUAGAGUUGCAUUGCAAGAGAUAGACUAAAUAUGACCAUAAGCUGUAAUUAAGAUGAGCUUCUUUAAAUGGAAAAGAAGUUAAUUACAAUGUUAUAUUAUAGUACUAUAUUUUUUCUUUUU